CAAAUGGGUGCAAAGCACUGAAAUUCUCUGUCCAGGGGUUAGAGGGCAGGAGCCGACUCGCAGUCCACGCAUUAGUCAGUCAUUAACACAAUUUAAACAGAACCUUCAGGAUCCCUGAUCUUUAUUAUUCAGCAUAUCUCGUGCGAGAAAGAAACAAAGACUGGUUUUCUGGGUUUUUGCUCAGAUCUGCUAUCUAUGACCAUGGGGAGGGCGAUUUUUCUUUGCUUUUCAAUGAUUUUCCUCUGGGCUUCUUCUACUGUCUGUACGUCAGUUUUCUACAGCAGUCCAGAGGCUCACAUGCUUCUGCGCUCCAGAAGAGCCAAUUCCAUGCUGGAGGAGCUCAAGGCUCCAUCCUUGGAGCGAGAGUGUAUGGAAGAGCGGUGUGACUUCGAAGAGGCUAAAGAGAUCUACAAGACCAAGGAGGCUACGUUAAGGUUCUGGUCCAUGUAUGAAGAUAGCACACAUACGAACUGCUCGGUGGACAACGGCGACUGUGAUCAUGACUGCCAUGUGAGGAAAGACAAGCUCGGACGCUACUGCAGCUGUAUUUAUGGAUACGCGCUCCAUGAAGAUUUCAAACAGUGCCUUCCAAAAAAUCAGCAGUCUUGUGGACAGAUUCUGAUCGCUAAGUCAUCCUACAGAUCGAAGCCCACUGAGGGUUUACAGCCUUGGCUCGUCGGUGGAGAAGUUGGAAAAAGGGGGGAGAGUCCAUGGCAGGCUCUUAUUUUAAAUUCCAGAGGAAAAUUUCAGUGCGGUGGCGUCUUGAUCGACGAAGUCUGGGUUCUCACUGCCGCUCACUGUCUCGAGGGAUUCAACCGCUUCGCUGUCAGACUGGGUGACUACAAACGUUUCGAGUUCGAAGGAUCUGAGGUCACCAUUCGUGUGGUGAAAACCGUCCCCCAUCCAAAGUACAACAGCCUGAGGGCAGACAACGACAUAGCUCUGCUACGCUUGGAAUCACCUGUAACCUUCAGCACGUACAUCGUCCCUGCGUGUCUGCCGAGUCAAGAUAUGGCCGAGCGUGUGCUCCACCUCAACGGCACAAUAACGGUGGUGACAGGAUGGGGCACGGAUAAAGAAGGGACAAUCCCAUACAGCUCGGAUCUCAAACACAUCAAAGUGCCACUGAUGGAGCAAUCCGAGUGCGCGCAUCACAUGGUCAACAACCUGACGGAGAAUGUGUUGUGCGCCGGCACCAUUGGGAGCAUUAAAGACGCGUGCAGUGGAGACAGCGGCGGCCCGAUGAUGACGCUGUACCGCAACACGUGGUUCCUCAUCGGCCUCGUAUCCUGGGGCGAGGGAUGUGGCCACAUAGACAAACUGGGCAUCUACACCAAAGUCUCCAACUAUAUGGAGUGGAUCAAUAUCGUGAAAAAGCAGCCGUGAUCGAAUCCCAUUGGUCCGGCUCUGACCUUCAUAUCGUUUAAAACAUCGUUCAAACAACCCCUUGGACUUUAAUAUCAAAUCAAUGUCAUCUCUACUGUGCAAUUAAUUAGGAAAGCCAUUUAAAAGUAUCAUGACUAUGAUGAGUUGCACAGAUUACUGGGGAAAUAUAACCUAAUUCUGAUUACAGAUAAAGUGUCUAAAAUUAUUAAACCAGGCUGUGAUUCUUUGUUAGAGAAAACAAAAAGAUUUUUUAAUUUGAUCUAGAUUUUUCCAUUCAAUUU